UCUCUCUCUCUCUUUAUUUAUAUGGCACCAUGCAUGAAGAGUUUGAGGAAGAAAACAAAGUCCACAACCACGCUCGGUCUCCUCUCUCUGGCUCAGAAUCGAAACCUUAAUGGAUUCCUCAUCAACGUCCCCCAGACCCCGACCUCGCAACCGCAACGCCAAUCCAUCGUAUCCAUCGAAAUCGCCACCACCUUCCUCGUCUUCUCGCAGAAGAAGCCCUUCCUUCUCUUCCUCUUCCUCUUCCACUUCCUCUCUUUCUUCGUCCUCCUCCCUCAGAUCCUCCCAGUUCCCCGAUGAGUUCUCGUUCGGCCCCGCCACGCCGCUCCGUUUCUCCGGAGUCCCGUUUUCCUGGGAAAAGAUCCCGGGGAUUCCCAAGAAGCAGAGCUCCCGGAGAUCAAGAGAUUGUCCCACUUCCCUAAGCAGCAAUCUCCUCCCAUUGCCGCCUUCCGCCACUCCGCCGUCGUCGAAGAGGUACGCCAAUGAAGAAGUCGGGCGGAAGAAGAAGGUCUACGGCGCCACAGAGGUGGCGGAGUGGUAUCAAUGGGACCCAUUCGUGGCAGCAUUAGUCGAGUGCUCGAAGGACCACGAUCAAGCUCAAGAUGCAACUACCAAUAAGGGAAUUGAUAAUCUCUGGAAUGGCACGAAGGUCUCCCGGAGAAUAGGCGACCGGCUCGGACUCAUCGGCCUCUACACAUCUUGCAAGAGGGCGUGCCCCAUCUCGGAGUCGAUCAUCUACCUCCCGAGAUCAAACCAAGCCUCCUACGGCCUGAUCAACAGGCGAUCACAUUGAGUUCGACCGUGCACGGACGGUCCGGGGCGCCGCCUAUAGAUAAGUCCUACAGGAUGUCGAAAUUUCCAAAUUCGAGCCGCUCUGCUGUCGCUCUUGUAUGGUUUAAUCACAUCUUCGUUAAAUCCAUUUUCUGUGUCAUUAUGAGAGGAAGUACCGACUGUAAUGUUUAUGUUAAGUGAUAUAUAAUGUGAUAUAAACUGUUGACUUGAGGAGAAGCAGCAGUGUGCUAGUCUGGAUGAACUGGAGGUGCACUGUCUUCCCUUUUUUUUUUCCAAACCUUGUUCCAAGGAUCAUGUUUUGACAAAAUUCAUGAUGUUUUU